AAAACCUCACUGGCUGCUUUCUUGCCUGCAGCUUUUUUGCUGGUCGAUGCUCGUGGAGUUUGGAAUGAUUACAAUCAUCAGGUCUCAACAACCCACAAUCAGCCCACACAAAACCCAUCAUCUCUCUUAUCUAUCUGUCCAUCCCAUCCAGUAUCUUUUGCUACCAUGGCCAUUUCCAGAUCUCUGUCUCUCAAGCGACCCCGCACCACUUGCUUGAAACAUGCAGUGCAAGCAACCAAGGAAGCUACGAGCUGCGAGUCGCCCAAAGCCCCGUCAUCAAUGAAGCGGGUGGUAUCAUUCGAAGACAAGAUUCAGGUCAUCAAGGUCCAACGAGUGGACUCGUCUUUGAAGAACGAAUUGUACUACCGUCGAUCUGAUUUUCGUCGCUUCAAGAAAGAAUCCAAGCAAAUCAUGAACAUGCUCGAUCGAAGACUUCGACUUGGCUCAUCGUCUUCAUCAUUAUCAACCUCCAAGAGGCUCGGUCUGUCUCUUCGAUUUCCGACUUCAUCGUCUUCCUCCUCCGGCCGCCAUAAGGCCCUGUCACUGGCAAGCUUUCGUCUGCGGUGAAUGCACAAAAAGCAAACAUUUUUCUAGCUCUGUACACUGCUGUAAAAUUCCAAAUAAAAACUUUAAAUUGAAUCGAAUCGAAGAAUCGAAUCAUUCCUCUUUUAUUUUAUUAAUUGGUGUGCAUCUCGUUUGUCUCGUAUCUAGCUAGGCUGAGCCACACAAUGUUUUGAGAUGUGCAACAAUAAUGUAUUGUUAGGGAUUUUCGAGAUCUAGCUGGUUGCUUGCUAUGGUAGUGCUGGCUAGAUAGUAGCUACCGGUAUGCGACCUGGCUGAAGAUGUCGGGGCUAAACAGCCGCCGCGGCUACGGUAGAAAUUACUCUGGACGAGGACCAGCCAUCAAUUUCCGAGCUCGCUCCCUGCUGGCACUGACCAUGAAGCCAAACACACAAUUUAUUUACGCACUUGCUUGGCCAGACAACACAUUGGAUAACAUUCCUAGACGGAUGGUGUCUCAUCAAGGUCAGCUCGUUGCUGCCGGCGGUCUGCCAGCAACCGAAGAAGCUUCAUUUUCCUCGCUCCAACUCCACGAUCUUCUCCGAACAAACCCGCUCGCUCUACUAGCUACGGUAGCUAGCAAUGACAUACUUGUAGCUGGCUAAUACUCCGCACAGUUUGCUGGACUAGCUUGGUGGUGGCUGUCCACCACCGGUAGACUACUGAACCUGUUUGGUUUAAAGCUCUGAAUUGACUAAAGAUGCGUAAAGCUAAUAGUACUGGAAGAAUCGGCGCGAUCAUCGAUGCAUAGCUACUAUAUUGCCUACUAAGGACAGUAGUCGUCGCAGUUAUGAUUGGGGAGUUUGGCUAGCUAGCUACUGGCUGGGCGCCAUCCAACAGGGGCUGGAGGCCUGACAUACAGUAGUAGACUUGUUCCUCCCAGCGCCCUUGCUUCAUUGCUUGUUCCCAACCUACGUACUACAGUGUAGCCAGUAUGGUGGAUUCAUACACCGCAAUCUCACGAUUUUCUCGUCUGGUCAAUGUACAUGUACCUUGGUAGAAUGCGAACACACCACCACCCAACCCAAGAGUGGAUACGCCAGCGACAGCACCAUCAAGGUACUGGUACUGGUAGCAAGCGCCACCUCACUGACCAGAAACGUUGUGAAGAUGGGGCAGCGAUUGCUAUUUGCUCGGUCCUUUUGUGAUGGAGGGUAGACGAUGAAAAUGGAUCGUCGUAUUGAGCAACGCACCCUUGACGGGGGAUUGAAAAUAUUGUGCAGUGCUACAGCCAGCCAUAUCUAACGCAAUCUUUAGCCAACAAGCAGUAUUUAUUCACCGUCCACUUUUGACACACAAGCAAUGACUACAUACUGUUGUUAUCUCGCUACAUGAAUGCAGUGCAUCCAUGACGACCUGCACUUGUUGUUGGAACGUAUUGCGUGGUGACCAAUCCACCGCAUAGCGGGGUCUUCUCUCGUUGCCCUUGCUCCCUUGCUUACUUAGGCUGCCGGAGCAAUGGCAUCAACGUGAAGCAAGAUGAUAUUCAAAAGCAAUCCUUGCAUAUGAGCUUCCCCGAAGUUCUGGAUCCUAUCGUUGAUACUGUUUGAUGAAACCACUUCCAUUAGAGUGCCAAAGAUGUGGCGGGCCUUCCCAAAGUGACAGAGGUCGUAGCUGGCAAUGGCCAUGUUGUUCAUGGCAGCCACCACAAUGUUCAUGUAUCCUGGCAUACCUGCAUGGACCGAACACUGGACCUGUGCCAGACACAGGUCAUACCAGGUCAGAGCCCGGAUCAAGGCUUGCUCUCCAAUAUCCUUGGUUUUCAUCUGGUAAGUUAGGCCCAAGUUGAACUGAACCAUGGCCAGGCACACGGGUAGAAACGUCAUGGUCGCGUGCGGAGAGAGAACAAGAGAUGGAUUAAAGACAAGUGCCUCCUUGUACACAAAGUGCUGAUGCUCAAAGGUUGUGAUAGUUGGUGCGGGUGCGCUUGGGCUGAAGGAAGGAUUCCUGCCGGAAAACUGCAAAUGCGCCGACUUGGCCUCCUUCAAAGCUGACGCCCAGGUUAACCCAACAGGUGAUCCAUUGCUGCAGCCGUAGCUAUUAGAUGCGCUCCCGUCAAUAGGCCCCAAGGAUUCAGGGGCAGGUCCAUGUCGAAUGAAGGUACCCAACAGCUCCAACGCACUGCUAAACGAUUCGAACGCUAGAUUCACAUGGCCGCUCGCGAGAGCCGCGGCACCUCUUGUGUUGAGUUCCGAUAUGGACGCAAUUGUGUGCUCCAUGGCGGACAGAGACAGACAGGAUGGUGGUGCUGUUUAGUAGCAAGGGAGGUUUGGCAACCCAGCUGAAACGAGAAGGCGAUGCGACGCGAAGGUGUGAAGGUGUGAAGGUCUUUUGGAUUGUAGAGGGUACUCGAGUGCUUUGGACUUUGGAGGGGAGACUGUAAUCGAGAGCUGCUCGAGUAAAGGGUUUCAGGCCGGAAGAGGAAGCGUUCAAGCGUUGUGCUGUUGUUUCUUCGGGCUCCAGCUUGGAAGACAGCUUUCGAAACGGGCGUUGCGGUAAAUCUAGAGUUAAGGUUACGUUUUACUUUAAUUCAUUUUAUUGAUAUUGUGUUUUACCAAGUCUACCUGGGCUACGAAACAGAUGGCCGCGGAGAUACUUCUUCUUCUCUUCGAAAACGAGAAGAUGUGGAAGACAAGCUGACGUGGGAAAACGAAAAGUGUCAAUGUCUUUAAAUAAAAUAUUCGGCGCGACAAAGAAGAUUGUCCUCAAAGGACACCAAAAAGAAGCUCCAGCCGCCGCAAACAGCACUCCGAGCUCAGAGUAAAAGAUAUGAGAGACGUUGCUGACGUGGGAAAACGAAAAGUGCCAAUGAUGUUUAACAAAAAUAGUUCUUGCGACAAACCGGUUGUUAUAAAUCAGCUAAUUGAGUAUGAAAGCUACUAGUAACAUGCUUGACCUGCUUAUGGUAUGAUCAUACUCGAAGGACGGAGGACGCGCGCCUGAUGGCCGUGGAUCUUUUAAUUGGUUUAACCGUCGGAUUAGAAUCUUUAAGUAUCCAAAUCUAAAAAAAGACUCACACAAGCGUCAGCUGUUUUGGAAUGAAUCUCACAACGUGGCUUCUGAGCUG